UCACAUCGCAGCGAGAAAACAAAUCGCACAUCACACAGGGGAGUGAGUGAGAGUUCUGCUCAAAUUAUCGAGAAGUUGUAAACUCGGCUCUUUCGCAGUUUCGCUUCCAUACGAAUGUAGAGGGAACUGAUACCAGCUUGACUUAAAAAUCUGCACAACUGCCGCUCCUGCACCAAAACUACGUCCCAACUUUGUACUUUCUGACCUUCAGCGGUUUUUCAGCCCACUCAUAAGCAGGCACCCAGUCAUGUAGAGAGCAGCGCGUGGAGGACACCCAGAUCACUUUCAGCAAUUUUCAACACAAAGAGACACCCCACCACUUUUCGGGCUGGACUGCGCGGCGACAGCAGCCCGCCCCCCGCGUCCCCCAGCCAUGUCGUCACGCAUCGGCCUGCGCCUGCAGCUCAUGCGGGACCAAAUGCAGCAGGAGGAGCAGCGGGAGCGGCAGCAACAACAAGCAGCAUCAAUGCAUUACAUGCAGCAUCGCAUGCCAGGCCCACCUGCGCCCACGCCAGCCAUCAGUGCACCAACACACUUCCAGGCCCCCAUGCAGGUUCCUGUUGAAGUGCUAAAGGUGCAGACCCAUCUUGAGAACCCCACAGACUACCACAUCCGACAGUCUCAGCGGCAGCAGCUCAAGGAAUACCUGUCCACCACAUACGCCACCAAACAAGCUGUACAUGCCGUCACGAGCUUGGUUCAGCCCUCUCCACCCCCCAUGGUCCAGGCUCAAAGCGGAAGCGCCCCACCGAACAUGCACUCUCCAUGCAUGCGCACCGAGCAGCUCAUGAACUCUGCUGGAAACAGUGCGCCCAACAGUCCCAUGGCCAUGCUCAACAUCGGCUCCAGCCACGAGAACGAGAUGGAUGAGGUAAUUGAUGACAUCAUCAGCCUACAGUCCAGUUAUGAUGACAUCCAGGCUUACAUUGACCCUGUGGUCCAGAUGCCAAACACACUCCCAUUGUCAAGCAGUCAUUUGGAUGUGUACACGGGGCCCGGUAUGUCUGGAUCCGCAAUAGCCAUGACCAGCAACUCCUGCCCUGCAAAUCUGGCCAUCAAGAGAGAGUUGUCAGAUGUAGAAGCUCGUGCAAUGGCUAAAGAAAGACAGAAGAAAGACAACCACAACCUGAUUGAAAGGAGGAGAAGGUUUAACAUCAAUGAUCGAAUUAAGGAGCUGGGCACCAUGAUCCCCAAAACCAAUGACCUGGAUGUUCGCUGGAAUAAAGGCACUAUUCUGAGGGCCUCCGUGGAUUAUAUUAAACGAAUGCAGAAGGACGUCCAGAGAACCAGAGAGGUGGAGAACAACUUCAGGAGGAUGGAGAUGGCCAACAAACAGCUGUGGCUCCGCAUUCAGGAGCUAGAAAGACAAGCCCAAAUCCACGGCCUCCCCAGCAACUCCCCGUCUGGCCUGACCAACACUGACCACCAAAACCCCUUUAUCAAGCAAGAAAGCAGCCCUGAGGAGAACCACCUCCAGCACCAGACCCAUCUGCCUCCUCACUACCCCCAGCACCACCCCCAGCCUCAACCUCACCCUCAGCUCCACCAGCACCAGCACCUCCACCCUCAGCCCCAGCUGCAGUACCCAGCCGUGGGCAGCUCUCAGCACUUUGACUUUGCCCAGUCUCUGGACUUGUGCGAUGGAGGCAUCCCGGGAUACCAAGAUGGCCUGGGGGAUCUGGGGUCUCUAGGUGGAGGCCUCGCGCCGAUGGGAAAGAAGAGCGAGCUGGGCUUCUUGCUGAUGGAGGAGGCUCUGUCGCCGCUGGGUGGAGACCCACUGCUGUCCGCCAUGUCGCCUGAAGCGUCUGUGGACAGCAGCCGGCGUAGCAGCUUUAGCAUUGAGGACUCAGAUAUACUGUGAAUUGGACAUGCAUUUAAUGCACACACACACACACACACACACACACACUGAUACUGCAAUUAGUUUGGCAUAUUGGGGAAAGCCAUGAUAAUGAUUUAUUAGGAAGUUAGAAAUGUUGGUAACACUGUGUUUAUAAUGCAUUAUAAGGGUAUUCUGAAUGUAUUAAAUGCAUACUUAAUGCUUUAUAAACAAUGCAUUGUAUAAUCUGAUGGAUAAUCGUAACUUUUAGUUUAAUUGUUACAAUAAUUGUAGCAUUUUAUAUAUUUUUAUUAAUAUCUUGAGAUAUUAAGAUGUAAACAGUAUCGUACCGUAUUUUACAGUAUUUUACUGCUUAAAGUGACACAAAAGUUGUCUUUUAAUCAUAAAAAUUGUAUAACGUGCUCAUGAUAUGGGCACAAUUGAUUGCUUAUUAGCUGUUUAUUAGUACUUAUUUGACAGUUUUACACUUAAUAUGUAUUAGUGGUCUGGUCUGCUUUAAAUAAAGUAAGGAAAGUUGUUGUUUUA